UCUUGACUUGUCUCCCACAAGUUUACAAUUAUGAACUUGGCCAUACCCCUAACCCUAAGCCCUAACCAAUUCAAUCAUUCAAUUCUAUUUAUUAAUCACAUUAUUCUUUGCUUUUUUUCACACAUAUGCGAAUUUCUUCUUUGAAUAUUCUCCUUUAAUCAUUCAUUAAUUAUGCUUAAAUUAUAACCACAUUAAAUAUUCAAUCAGAAACUUUUAAAAUUUAGCUUUUUUGGGAUUAUUUUCCCUAUUUUUCUAAAUUAUUUAAGAUUUAAAAAAUGGGUUUAUUUCAAAUUUCUGGUUCAAUUUUCGGUGUUUUUCUUUUUCUGGGUUUGAUUUUGAAUCAAUCAGUUAUUUCCAAUGGAGGAACAACAAGUAAUUUUGUAAGAAAAGUUGAAAAAACCAUUGAUAUUCCUAUGGAUAGUGAUGUAUUUUCUGUCCCUCCUGGCUACAAUGCUCCUCAACAGGUUCAUAUUACACAAGGAGAUCAUGAAGGAAGAGCAAUAAUUGUAUCAUGGGUAACAAUGGAGGAACCAGGUUCAAAUGAAGUGUUGUAUUGGAAAGAGAAUAGCAAGGAAAAGAAAUCUGCCAAAGGAAAAGUGUCACAAUAUAAGUAUUUUGAUUAUACUUCUGGGUACAUUCAUCAUUGUACCAUUAGAAAAUUAGAGUAUGAGACUAAAUAUUACUAUGAAGUAGGUAUUGGACAAACACCAAGAAAAUUUUGGUUCAAUACACCCCCAAAAGCUGGUCCUGAUGUUCCUUACACUUUUGGUCUCAUAGGGGAUUUAGGACAAAGUUAUGAUUCAAAUGCGACUCUAACUCAUUACGAAAACAACCCAAUCAAAGGAGAAACCGUGUUGUUUCUUGGGGAUCUUUCAUACGCGGAUCAUUAUCCUAAUCAUGAUAAUAAAAGAUGGGAUUCUUGGGCCAGAUUUGUUGAGAGGAGUGUUGCCUAUCAGCCUUGGAUUUGGACUGCAGGGAAUCAUGAGCUUGAUUUUGCCCCUGAAAUUGGUGAAACACAGCCCUUCAAGCCGUUUAAGGCUCGCUAUCGUACACCAUACAAAGCAUCAAACAGCACUGCUCCUUUAUGGUACUCAAUUAAGAGAGGCCCUGCUUACAUAAUAGUCCUAUCAGCAUACUCCGCUUAUGGAAAGUACACCCCACAGUACGAAUGGCUCGAGAAGGAGCUACCGAAGAUUGACAGGAAGGAGACGCCUUGGCUGAUAGUUUUGGUGCACUCCCCAUGGUACAAUAGCUACAAUUACCAUUACAUGGAAGGAGAGACAAUGAGAGUCAUGUAUGAGCCUUGGUUUGUCAAAUACAAAGUUGAUUUGGUGUUUGCCGGUCAUGUUCAUGCAUAUGAGAGAUCUAAACGCGUAUCAAAUGUUGCGUAUAACAUCGUCAACGGAGAAUGCAGACCGAUUGAAGAUCAAUCCGCCCCAGUUUACAUAACAAUUGGAGAUGGAGGAAAUGUAGAAGGAUUAGCAACCAAUAUGACAGAACCACAGCCAAGUUACUCAGCUUUUCGAGAAGCGAGUUUUGGACAUGCCGUUCUUGAUAUUAAGAAUCGAACACAUGCUUACUAUAGUUGGCACCGCAAUCAUGACGGUUUUGCGGUGAAAGCAGAUUCAAUGUGGUUUUUCAACAGAUUUUGGCAUCCUAUUUCUGAAUCUACUGAUGCUGUUCUUUGAUACUGAUUGUUGUAGUUCUUCAGCAUUUGCUUCAUUUUAGCUUUAUAUUUGUGUGCUUCAAGGUUUGCUAGAGAUAGCUCAUAAGGUGUAACAUAUGUGUAACGUUUUAUCAAUAAGGUAUGGUCUGUCGUCUUCCAUCCCUUCCUGACUCUAGACUCUGAUCGUAACCUCUUUGAUACCGGGUAUGAUGAUGAUGAAUAAGCAUUACUUCGUAAUUAAAGUCUUUUAUAUUGCUUUUGAUUUUAA